AUGGAUGAAAUGAAUGAAUUUUGCAAGAAAUCUAUCUCCCUAAAGGAUAAACAAAGAAAUCAUAGUGGAAAUGGAUUUAAAUUUAAGCCAUCUAUUCAAAUAUUGGAUUCUAAAAUCCAAAGGAAAAGUAAAUUACACCCAUAUCUUCCUCAAUUAGAGUUAUCACCUAUUGAUAAACUCGUAUUUAUUGAUGAACCAAUUAGACAACUACCAACUACUACUAUUGUAAAUAAUAAUAAUAAUAAUAAUAAUAAUAAUAAUAAUAUCACAAAUGCAAAUAAUAGAAUUGAUAAAAUUGAAAAAAGUAUUAUAGAUUUAACUCAACAGCUCAUGCUCACUAAUAACAAUAUUAAUAAUAUAGUUGAAAUACUUAAACAAGCAAAUAUUAUUAGACCUAAUAAUGAUAACAAAAUGUUAAAUAAUCCUAAUAAUAAGAUGUUAGAGGAUUCUAAUAAUAGUAAUAAUAAUAUGUUAGAUGAUGAAUUAAGUUCAUCAUCUAAUCCAUCUACUCUACCUUGA